UUGAGGCAAUAUAUAAGCGCAGUAUUAUUUUUAUAACAUAAAAAAUAUUCGUAGCAAGUGUUUUUGUGAUUUGAUUCGUUAAUUUCGUUUGGUCAGGUGAAAUGAAUGAAACUAAUGAAUUGCCACCGGGGACAGCGUCGCUACUCGAAGAACUCGAGAAAAAGCUUAUGGUUUUAUUGAGAGAUGGCAGAACGUUAAUUGGCUAUCUUAAAAGUGUCGAUCAAUUUGCUAAUAUAGUACUUCAAAGUACUAUUGAAAGAAUUCAUGUUGGUCAAGAGUAUGGUGACAUUCCGAGAGGUAUUUUCAUAGUAAGAGGGGAGAAUGUUGUGCUUUUAGGAGAAAUAGAUAUAGAAAAGGAAAAAGUGUUGCCGUUGAAAAAGGUGACGGUGGAUGAAAUUUUGGAUGCUCAAAGGCGCGAACAAGAAUCUAAGCAGGAGCAGAAAAAGCGAAUAAACAAAGCUCUGAAGGAGCGAGGUUUUGCUUACAUACCAGACUUAAGUCACGACGAUAUGUACUGACAUAUAAAUAUACACAUUUCUUUUUGUAUUAAAAAAAACUUAUCUAAUUCAUUUACAUUAAUUAAAUAUGACUAUUAACAUGAGAUUUACAAUAGCAUGUUACUU